UUGUUGGGGGGACUUUUAACUCAUUAAAAAUCUUACUUCCCGCGUUGCUAGGCGCCUCCGGAAGUAGCUGCAUGUUUACACGUUCCAUGGCUUUGCCGAGCAUUGAUUAACCAUUCGGUAAAAGAAGCUAAAGCAACCGUGUUAAAAUCUACCUGUUAUUCCUUCAAAAUGCCCUUGUUUGGGAACACAUUCGGUCAAAAGAAAACACCUCCUCGGAAAUCAGCAUCUCUUUCCAAUAUACACACAUUGGAUCGGUCUACACGGGAAAUAGAAUUGGGUCUUGAGUAUGGAGCCCCAGUAAUGAACAUUGGUUCCCAGAGCUUAAAAUUUGAAGAUGGCCAGUGGAUCACAGAGUCAGGAGGUAAUGUGUCAGGCAAAGAGGUACAGCGGCUGAAGAAGAGAAAUCUACAGUUAGAAGAGGAAAAUAAUCUUCUUAAGAUAAAGAUUGAGAUUCUUCUUGAUAUGCUUUCAGAAUCAACAGCAGAAACGCAUCUAAUACAGAAGGAACUUGAAGAUAUGAAGAAUAAUACUAGGAGAAAAAAAUGACAGAAGUGAAAAGCUCUUUAAGUGAUAAUUUCACAUAGAUUUACUUGAUUUGACAUGACUUGAGUUGUAUAUCACUGCAUAUUUUAUAUAUAAUUAUUUAGGAGUAUGUCACAGUUCAUUUAAAUAUUGUAGAGUUUUUUGGGGAGUUUUGUGUUGGUUUGUUUUUUGCAUUGAAUUUAUUUCAAAGUACAUUAAAAGUUGCACUGAUAUUACAUAUUUCCACCGAUACAGAUAGCCGGUUAUUCAGAGUGAUAUCUGCCUAUACCGAUAGUUUGGUGGUUGCAUUAAGAUUACAUUUUCUGAAUGUUAUUUAUUAAUAUAAUGAUCAAUAAUAUUGAACAUUAAAUUAGUGAUGUUUAGAGUUCAAAUUCAUUGCAUUUUCCUGUUCUCCUAUGAUUGAGAGGAUAUAUUGGCUAUGACUAUUGGCUGUUUUGGUCAAUAUAUCAGUGCUUAUUUAUAAGUAGCUAAACCUCAGCAUGUUUAAAAUACAAUAACAUAAGUUCACAAUGACCAAAUUAAUUAAGUGAUUGUAAGUGAAUAUAUGGCAGUCUUAAAAACACCUGCAUAUGUGUUUUUUAGUCACAGGAAACAAUCACACUCUUUCUUUGGUUCACAAGUAAGAUUAGCCAAGAGCUCCAAAGAUUUAAAAAUGCACAUGCAGAUUUAGUAGGAUUUUUAUUUGGAGUGUACGGCACGUACUCUCACAUGGUUGUAAAACCCUGCCUACAGUUUAUAAAUUCACACUAAAUAAGUGUAGACUUUGUGUUGCGAGUAUUUGCUAAUUAUACAGCAUCUCAUUGUAACAGAUAUUCCAUGUAAUAUUUUGCUGUACAUAGUUUUCGAAAUUUGCAAAUAAACAUUGUGUUCUAGA